AUGUCCACCCCCAGUGUUGUUCCCACUCCCCAGACUGAAAUCCAUAGCAUAGCUCCUGUUAGUGAACCUGUUCUUAACACAACCACUAAUCGGGAUCAUAAUGUCAUCAAUCCCAGUGCAGCGGAGACCAGCUCUUUGAUUGAAGUCCCUGUUACAACAGGUCCUAAUAUAUCUUCAUUGCCCAAGACUAUGUCUGCUAGUGUUGGAAACACUUCCAAAACUCCAUCACUUAGGACAGUUAAGGUGCGAAGAAGAAGUAUUAAGGAAAACAUGCUUGUUGAUGUCAAUCUUACAGCUGAAAACUCUCAACUGCAAUAUACCAAGAAAAGAAAUUUGUCUUCUGAGGAAGACAAUACCAGUGAUGGCACAGAUACUCUGUUGUGGUCUGACCCCUGGCUGUCCAGUGUCCCUUGUUAUACUCCAACAGUGCAAUUUCAAAGAGACACCUUAUCCCUCAAAAGGGUGUGUGAUAUUUUUGAAGACACAGGUAGAGCCUGGGACAAAGAACUAAUUUCCCAGACAUUCUCCCCUAAGGAUGCUCAACAGUUUCUGGCCACACACCUAGACAGAGGGGUCUCUAAAGAUAAGUGGAAAUGGAGGCUGGAAAAAUCAGGGGCUUUCACUGACUCCUCUGUAGGUUGUCUCCAUGGCAGCAGUGCACUUUUCGGGUGCCUCAGUCGUGUUCUUUUGGGUGUUCGUGAUUCACUGCUGAUUUUGGUUUAG